AUGCAAAACAUUGACAAGGUCUUGGCGAUCUUGAAGGCGGAUAUCACCAACGUCACGCCUAGCUUUGCCAGCCUCAUUGAUCCGUCGCUGCUGUGUGGCAUCAUGGUGGGUGGCGAGACACUGAACACACGACUUUUGCAGGACUUUGCGCCGUUCAACCCCCAAUCUCAGGAUACAUCCACUCAACACGAUCCAGAAGACCAACAUGUGCCGCGAGGCAUCUACAAUGGCUACGGUCCCACAGAGGUGGCAAUCUAUUCCAUCGCUCAAGCACAUGUCCCAGCCAACCAGCGUGGAUCUGUCAUAGGCACGCCAUUGGCGACCUGCGGCGCUCUCAUCGUUGAUCACCACGACGCGAGCCUCCGUCCCGUCCCCAUGGGUGCGGUCGGUGAGCUGGUCCUCACAGGCCCCCAGGUCAGCAGGGCGGGCUAUCUCAAUCGUCCAGAUGAAACGGCCAAGGCGUUCGUGGAUGAUGCCAAAUGGGGAAGGACGUAUAGGACCGGUGACAGGGCCAGAGUCGUCUGGGGCCCGACAGGCGAGCGCAUGGUCGAGUUCCUGGGGAGAAUGUCAGACGACCAAGUCAAACUGAGCGGCAGACGAGUCGAACUUGGCGAGAUCGAGAGCGUUCUGGCCACCAAAGUACAGGAUGUGCACCAGACACUGGCAUGUGCUUGGAAGCCACAAGAUGGCGCCCCUGGGUCGGAAAGAGUUGUAAGCUUAAUCGUGCUCGACCCCAAGACCACGCUCGACUUGGAGCAAGUACAAGCCCGAUGCGUCGAGACUGCACAAAAGUACCUCCCAGAAUAUAUGCGACCUUUUCGGAUAUUGCAGGUGGAUGCACUCCCUCGAUCAGCGUCUGGCAAGGUUGAUCGAAAGGUGGCGUCAGCUUUUGUGCGCAAUGAACUGCAGUACGAAAUGGGGAAUCAAGCUCCUGCGGCAGCCUUGGAGCCCUUGGGAAAUCCAGAGGAUGUAUUGAUUGAGACACAGCUUUUGACCUUUUUGUCUGCCAUUGUGAAUGAUGGGUCUUCUACGCGGGUGGAGUUGGCAGCCGAUACUCCCUUCGUCCAGGUUGGCAUCGACAGUCUUCGAGCGAUGAGGCUCCUGAGAUAUAUCAGGAGUCAGUGGCCUGAUCAACCGCACCUGCAGCCCACGCUGGCUUCUCUCCUCGAACCUUUGGCCACCAUACGGUCCACCUUCUUCGCAUCUGAGGGUGAUGGAGCAAACGCCCCUCGUCUCGAUAAGAGAGUCCAAGCGAAGACACAAAUUGCUGACUUUGCAUCCCGCCAUACACCAGAAGCUCUCACAAAUUUGGGCAUUGGCAGCGAAGCAGACAUUGUGGCGGUGGUGCCUGCAACGAGUACACAAAGCCAGCUCGCUGUCAGCUUUGCCAUGGACAAGCGGAACUACAUCAGCCACACUGUGCUCUCACUGAAGCCAGAUGUCUCCCUCUCGGCCCUCGAAGAGGCCAUUGAGGCAGUCCUUAUGAGACACGAUAUCUACCGCACUGUCAUGAUGUCGUGUGACGACCCGCUGUCGCCAUUUGCUCAGGUCACCUUGACGCAUGCCACCUGGCAAAGACGACUUGGCGAUGGUAAAAGAGUCGUACGUAGGAAGACCAGUGAUACUGAGAAUACCCAGGUUUACCUGGAUGUCGCCCACGACAGCCUCGACUUUGAAUCGCAAAGGCUCUAUUAUCUGCAACUUGUCGAACGUGGUUCAGGAUCUGAAUCGCAAUUCGUGAUCAGCGUGGCACAUUGUAUCUGCGACGGCGCUUCCCUGGAGGCGCUGAUAGAUGAUAUUGCUAGGCAAUACGCAGGGCUCGCGCCUCUAUCACGACUAGGCGUUCAGGACGCGGUGCAAGACUGGAUCAUGGGCAUGAGCGAAGCAACGGACAAAGCGUGGCAGCAAUCACUGGCUGGUUGGGAGGCUGAGAGCUUUCAUGCGCUGAGCGGUGAUAACAUCAAGACAAUCGCACCAGGGGUUCAGGCAGAUCAUGGUCAUGCAAUGGUCCAGAUCUCCAGCGCCUUGUCAUGGCACGACCUCGAGAGCAAGAGCAGAUCCCUAGGCGCCUCACCCCUAUCCGUACUCCAGGCAGCAUGGUCAGUGCUUUUGCAGGUAUUUUCCGAAGCGAAUACCGGCGACAUCGUAUUUGGCAGUGUCCUCUCAGGUCAACAUGAGGCUGUUCAAGCGCCAACCUUUUCCGUGGUGCCAUGUCGAGUAGAUUUGCCCGAUUCGCAGACCGUGCACCAACUCAUCGACAAUUUGAACGAGAAGUCGAGGUUCGCUCAGAGCCAUCGCCAUACAUCAUUCGGCAUCUUCGAGACGCUCCCUUAUAACACGGCAUUGGCACUGCAAGCCUACACGCCUCCAGGACAUGUACUUUCUCGAGUUCAGGAAACUCAGAUUGACAUCCCAUGGAGCAGCGUCAGCAAUCCCCCCAUUCGAUACGACUUUGACAUUUUCGCAGAGGUGCUCCCCACGAGCCCUCUUUGGGCUGGCCAGGAUCCGUCGAAAAUGACAUUCAAGCUCACAUAUCGCGAUGAUGCUCUUUCUCGGAGAUCCGCGCAGUGUGUUGUUGAGCAGCUGGAAUCAUUGACCAAGAUCCUACUGCGAAGCAAGCCUGACGACCUCGUGCAAGGCUUGCCAGCACGACUGCCGAGGCAACUGUUGUCAGCGGAAGGUACACUGCCGGAGUCACCACAGGAUGAUGAGACAAAGGCGGCAAGGGCCCAUAAUCGCAUCGAGGUUCUUCAUGCCCAAUUUGAGGACCAGGCUGCAUCGACACCAGACUUGCUGGCCUUGAGCUUCUACACAUCACUUGAUGCCCCCCCUUCAGAGUUGACCUAUGCGGAGCUGGACGCCAGAGCAAAUGGUCUCGCCAAUAUCUUGCGUGAGGAAGAUGUUGAUGUCAUUCCCAUUUGCAUGCAGCGGAGUGUCGAGCUCUACGUCUCCAUCUUGGCCAUCCUCAAAGCGGGCUCAGCUUGGUCGCCGAUCGAUGAGACCUCGCCCGUUCAGAGGCGCACCUCGUUGAUUGCACGAACGCAAGGCAAGGUUCUUUUGACAGACACUGCGUCUUAUCACCUAGUCGAGCCUUGUCUUACCCACGAGAGUCUGGCGAAUGUGCGUGUGAUCCUUGUAGACCAGUACAAGGACCGCACGACAGCAACGAGGGCUCUGCCGCGCCAGACGAUCCAGUCAGAUCACUCGCACGUCGAGGGUCAGGACCUUGCCUACCUUUUAUGGACGUCUGGCACCACUGGUGAGCCCAAGGGCGUCAUGCUCCAGCACUUUGCAGCCGCCAACGCGAUGCGCGACCUCCAGGUUCAGGUUGAGCACGAGAAGAAGCACGGCCAAGUACGGACUUUGCAGUUGUCGGCGUACAGCUUCGAUGUCUUUGUGCAGGAUCUAUUCUUCACAUGGGGUCUGGCUGGUAGUGUCGUCAGCGGCUCGAGGGAGCUAGUCCUAGGCACAUUCACAGAGUUCGUUAACAAGUCCCGACCAACUCAUGCGCAUCUCACGCCAUCCUUCGGUGCAAGUAUAAACGUUGAGGAGAUAAGGGGGUCAACUCUACAGUAUGUCACCUUUAUCGGCGAGAAAUUGACAGAGGACGUCGCCGAAGCAUGGGCCGCGCCAGGUAUCACAACUAAAGCCUAUAAUACCUACGGGCCUGCCGAGAACGCCGUUGUCUCCACGAUGAGACAAUUCUUUGGCACAAGUCGUGAUAGAGCUAAAGCUGCCAACGUCGGGUUUCCAUUGACGCCAUGCACAGCCUAUGUUGUACGCGAAGUUGAGUCGCCGAAUGCUCGCGACAAGAAGCACUGGGAGCUUGUGCCGCGUUACGGCGUGGGCGAGUUGGCUCUUGGAGGAUCUCAAAUCGCCAAAGGGUAUCUCAACAACCCAGCGAAGACCACAAAGGCUUUCAUACAAGGAGGAUUAGGCAUCGAUGAGCGCAUCUACUUGACUGGCGAUAUGGUCCGCCUCAAUGACCAUGGAUUCGAGUUUCUCGGUCGCAACGACGAUCUUGUCAAGAUCACUGGCAUCCGCAUUGAGCUCAGUGAGAUCAGCGCUGCCUGUGCUAGUGUCAAGGAUGUUGAGCCCGCCGUUGAACACGCCGAGACACUGUACCUGCCGCGCCCAGGAGCUGACGGUACCGACGCCAACCACAAGGUCGUCGUGACUUUUGUUUCCGUCAAGAAAGAGCAUGACGACUUGACACAUCUCAGAAAGCAGGUGUUUCAGAGGGCACGGGAGAUGUUGCCAACAUACAUGGUUCCUGGCCACAUUGUCGUGCUUAACACGACCAUGCCACGGACAGCGUCCAACAAGGUUGACCGCAAGGCACUGCAGAAUAUCUACAACGACUCGGAUCUCAACGAGUUAGCAGCAAUGGAUACGUCUCCAGGAGGGGCUUCUGGCGAGAUGGCAAAUUGGGCCCCCGAGCAGCUCCUCAUCAUCAAGACAAUCUCUGAGAACAUUGGUAUACAGGUCGAGCCUCUCUCCCCCAAGUUUAGCCUAGCGGGCUUAGGCAUCAGCUCCUUGCAAGUGACCAAGCUGGCUUGGGCUUUGAGGCGACAACUGGGGUGCACUGUAGGUGUUCUCGACUUGAUGCGAUGCCAGACCCUCGGUGAUCUGGUCCAUGUCAUUUACACAUGCAUGGGGAAAGAUGCUGGCACGAACACUGCACCAGAGGCCAAGCCAGAAGCCUCUUGGGUCACUGAGAUCAAAGAGCAAUUCACCAGAUGUCUUCGUGGAGAUAUGCGACCGGCCAAAACUUCCUAUAUUAUUCCCGCCACGCCAGCACAGGAAGCCCUCAUUGUCGAAACCAUGAUCGAGCCCAGAGCAUACUGGUCUCAUCGCCUGUUUGACCUCAGCCACCUGGACGACGUUGACGUUGAUCGUCUGCACGUGGCUUGGACGGAUGCAGCGAAGCAAUUCGAUAUUCUCCGAACCAUUUUCGCUCCUCUUUGGAAGCUGGAAGUGAAUGAUGGCGGUGCUCAUCCCGCCAACAGUGGUGCUUGGGCACGUCGCCAUGGCGUCCAAUCCAGUAUACUCCAGCUUGUGCAAGCUGAGCCCAUGAUACACUGGACGGUAUUCGAUCGCAUUGUCGAUGAUCAGCUCGCAACACAUGCCGAGGCCUUGCAGGCUGACUUGACACCUUGUGGUAGCAAUGCAACCAACCCCCCGUGGGCGGUCACAUAUUCAAAGGCGAACAGCAAGUUGAUGUUGAGCAUGCAUCAUGCGCUACAUGAUGGCGCAUCUUCAGCCGUGGUCAUUCGGGAGGUUGCAGAUCUGUAUCAGAACUCUGGGAAAGCCUCGGGGGUUCAUAACUCGCCUCUCCAGUUUGAUAAAGGCCUGGAACUCGGUCUGCUGUCCCAGAUUUCCGCAAGAGAGGAGGCGGUCUCUGUCUGGACUCGAAGGUUCAGUGAAGUGAUCAAUACUCAUGGCGCCGUUAAUGGCUCAUUUCCUGAUCUAACGCGAUCUCGACGGAAGCAAGAAAGAGGGAUUCUAUCCAGCCAUGUCGCCAUUCCAACGCAGCUAGUCGACGACCGGCCAAAGGGAAUACCUGACCUCCCUAGACUGCUACAGUCUGCACUUGGAGUUGUUCUCGCUUCCUACAUGGAGCUGAAAGCCAUAGUUCUCGGCCAGAACCUGUCACAGCGCAUCUUGCAUCCUGACCUGGCUCGCGUGGUAGGCCCUGCCAUGGCGACCCUGCCUGUCAUCGUCCGCGCGGAUGGCGUAUCUUCUGCUGAGCUGUGGGCUGAGAUGGCCCAAGACUCCUCCAAUUUAAGUCAGAGUGCCCAUCGGCUGCACCCCGUCGACAUCAAGAAGAUGAUCAAUGAGGGAAAUGGGGACAGCAAAGCCCCCUUUCCGGCACUGUUUGUCUAUCAUCCGUCAGAUACACAGGUCCAAGAUGGUUCGCACAUGUUCCGCGAAACAGGCCAAGCUCUGUCGCUCAACGUGGAGCAUCCAUUGGCUUUGAACAUAUACGAGGCUGACAAUACCAUUCACUUGACGGGAGAUGGCCGGCGUAUCUCUCAAGCUCAGUUGGACCUCAUGCUUCGUCAGAUCCUGGACCAGGCGCGAGCCAUGGUGGAUCAUCCUCAACUUCCUCUCCAUCGGCUACCAAACACCAUGAGGCGCAAUCUCGUUUCAAUAGCUGGAGAAAUCACAACGUUCGCUGAUGCUCAGAAUCCCGCGGACAGGGUCGCCACGCACGCAGCUGAGCACCCAGAUUGGAUUGCUACUGAGGAAAUCUCCUUCGAGGAAGAUGAAGAGGGCGAGGACAGGCUUGUGACCAAGACUCUCACGUAUGCACAGCUCCACGAACUUGUGGACGCGAUCAUGUUAAGAUUGCGCUCGCAUGAAGCCAAGCUCCAGCCUGACGACGUUGUCGCACUAUAUCUGGACAGAGACACCAAGUCGCUAGCAGCGAUCUUGGCUAUCUUCAGGGCUGGGUUCGUCUAUCUACCUAUUGACAAUAGUCUGCCAGCUACCAGAAAACAAUUGCUCGUUCGGGAUGCCGGCGCAAAGCUCGUUGUCAGCGCUGAGGAACUGAUUGGCGAGUUGCAUCUUGAUCAGGCCAACGAUCCGCCAUUACUCUUACUUCCUGCUGGUGACGACGAGCUGGAGGCAAUUCGAGCUUGGUCUAAAUUGGAUGCACUAAAAAAUGCCGGGCUGGGCAUGGGCGGCUACCUUCUGUACACUUCUGGCUCAACUGGCCGGCCCAAGGGAGUCCGCGUGUCCAACGACAACCUACUGCAUUUUAUUUCAGCGUUCAGCGCGCGCCUUGUUGAGGCAUCGCCUGAAACCGCCAGCCUUGGAGGGAGAGGCAAGUAUCUCAACGUUGCUUCUCGCGCCUUUGACCCACACCUCACGUCAAUGUUUGUGCCCUGGCACCUUGGCUUCCGUGCUGUCAUUGGCAAGGACCGCAACGCAAUCUUCGCCAACCUGAAGCAGGUCAUCAAUGAUUUGGCCAUUACUCACAUGGGAUCUGUGCCGUCUGUAUUGAUCCAGCUCGGCAUUCGCCUGGAGGACGUACCCUCUAUUCGCGUUCUGACAACUGGCGGCGAGAAGGCGUCGAAUGAGCUCUUCGACGUCGUCACGAGUGGAAGGCCGCCAGGAGUACUCAUGAACUUUUAUGGGCCGACGGAAGUCACUAUUGGCUGUUUAGGUCAUGCUGUCAGCAAGACUUCCAACUCUCGCAACCUUGGUCUGCCAUUGCAAGGCCUGCAAGCCAUUCUCCUGGCCCCGGACACAGGUGAUGAACAAAUCAUUGCACGCAGAGGUCAGCCAGGCGAGCUCUGUAUCUCUGGUCCACAAGUCUCCCUGGGGUAUCUAGAUAGGCCGGAAGAGAACUCCAAAGCCUUCCAGACCACUGCCUUGCUUGGCCCCGAUCGAAAGGUGAUCUACAGAACCGGUGACAUCAUGAGGAUGAUGGAGGAUGGUUCAGUGGAGUUCCUCGGCCGAAAAGACCAGCAAACGAAGAUCCGCGGUCAGCGAUUCGAGAUUGGGGAAGUUGAGGCCUUUAUCAAGAAAGUGGUCGCUAACGAAGGGCCUUUGGAUGUUGCCGCCACCGUCGUGGACCAGAAGUUGUUGGGUUUCCUGGCACGCAGUAACAAGAUCCUCCUCAAGUCUGAAAAGGAAGCCGAUCCUGUGCCGUUUCUGCACAAAAGCGAGGGGCUGCAAUCGAUCCUUCGAAAUGUUGAGCAGAGAUGCGAGGAGGGUCUUCCAGCCUUCAUGGUUCCUGAGAUAAUUUGGGUGUCGAGAAUUCCCUAUCUGCCAGCGUCUGGCAAAGUUGACACCAAGUCUCUCAUCAAACUUGCCAAUGACUUUACCGUCCUACCGAAAGAGCGAGGAGCCCCCUCGACAACUUCAACGUCCGCACCGCCUCUGGACGGCCGUGAGAUCGAAGUAGUGGCGGCACUCGAGGAGGCUGUUGGCAUGAAGCUGACAGCGACAUCGACAAGCACCAUUCACAGUCUUGGUGUCGACAGUCUUUCCGCCAUGCAUCUGCUCUCAAUACUGGGGAAGAAAGGUCUGUCGAAGAUUACCAUGGAAGAUUUGCUCACGCCCUCAUGCACGAUCGGUUCCAUUGCCAGGUCAAUUGUGUCUCGAGCCACGACACACGCGUCGCCCACGCGUGGCGAGGUGACCCCCAUGGAAGUCUUCAGCCUCGAGGACCUGGGUCCCUGCGCUCGCCACCUGGGAAGCAAUGACAUUGAAGCCAUCUUGCCUUCUUUACCUCUUCAAUCGUCCCUUGCCUCCCUAUCUCUCUUGUGGCUCAGCUCAUCCGAAGACACGUCGGAUGCGGCUGUGCCCUACGUUACCCAGUUCAAUUACCGUCUUGCCGCUGGUACGGAUCUUGCCAAGUGGAAGAGGGUGGCUGAGACCGUCAUUUCCGCUGAAGCCAUGCUCAGGACUUGUUUUGUUCAAAGGUAUACGGACGGUCGCGUGUUUCAAGUCGUCCUCAGGUCUCCUCCUUCACCAUUUGAUGGGAAGCAGGACGCCAUCGACCUUACAGCUUACAUGACUUCGCGACCACCUCUCAGGGUCCAGAUUCAGGAGUGCGAAGACUCCAAAGAUAUUUUGGUCACAUUGAAGAUCCAUCAUGCACUGUUCGAUGGCGCAGCUAUCGAUGUGCUCAGGGGCAAGCUCGAGCGGGCCUACAUUCAUGGAGCCCAAGUUGUGGUUGACAACAAUGCGAGCUUGAGCAAAUUGAAGAGUCUCUCGUCCCACUGCAAUCUUACACACGCACAGCUGGAUUCGAUGAAGCGCGCAUGGCAGCAGAAUGUGCGGGACAUCAGGCCAUGCCUUUUAGGUGCACACGAGGACAACGCCGUACCAAACACCAUGGCGCGCACCAGCAGGCACUUUGCAUAUACACAGACAGAACUCAAAUCGAAACUACACCUCGCCUCUUCAGGCGAGUUCAUCUCUGCUUCGACUGCCUUCCAACUCGCUACGACACUUUGUCUAGCGCAUUUGACCAAGACAACCUCUCUCGCCUACGGAUUCGUCAUGUCACUUCGACCCUUGCUCACCAAUGUGGUUAAUGGCGUGCAUGACUUUGUCGGACCCUGCCUCAACACGCUGAUCCACGCUAUAAAGCUGGAAAGUGGAGAUGAGACACUGCCGAAUUUGGCUGCGAGGAUACGCCAGAAUCACGGAGAUACAUGCCAGGGCUGCAUGCCGCUCGUCACUGCUGACAAAAUCCAGCGCUGGGCAGGCCUUGACGAGAAGUUGUUUGACAGUCUGUUGACAAUCAACGUGAUGGGGGACGACGACUUGAUGCAGACCGAGGUCGCACCAGGUCGGAUGGUUCCUCUGCCGGGUGCAUCUAAGUCUGAUAUGUCAUUGUCGAUCGAUGUCGAUCUCCAUGCAGAUGGCGGCAUCAGUCUACUGCUGUCGUCCGCCGGUGUUCUGGCCGAGGCUCAACUCGAAGAACUCGCGGCACUGUUCGAGAAGGCUGCCAUUUCUUCCGCCGACCAAGACGCUGCUGUAAAACAUUUUUCGAAUGUGAGUUACAGAAAGGAAGCUCCUGUUGUGAUUGAUCAUGAGCCCUGUGAGCUCCAUCAGCCUAAGGAAGCUCACAACGCGACCCGAGAGUUCAAAGCUUGCUUGGCGAUUGUUCAGACAUCCGCCUGCCGUCUAUUGGACUUGGAUGAGGCAGACGUCAAGGCCAAAGAUCCGGCAAAAACUUCUUUGUAUCAGUUGGGGCUUGAUUCGAUCAACGUUUUGCCUUUUGUGAGGAUCAUACACAAGGCCGAGGGCAUCAAGCUUCCGCCAAAUUCUGUCAUCAAGGCCAAGACGAUCCAAGGCGUCGCAGCACUGCUCCACGAUGCAAAGGGCGAUGGUGGUUCGCGUUCGCUCACAUCUGGGCGCACAGCGACAGACAGCAAUAAUAAUCCUCUGCAACAUCCAGAGGCCUCGAGUGACGAAGACACCUACACAAGGACUCUUGAGCGGCUGGCUGGCGAAUUGCUCUUCGUUGCGACGCCACUACAAGAAGGCAUGCUAAGUGCGUCCAUGGCCAUCGAGGGUCAGGCCUACACGUACACGCACACCAUGCAGCUGUCUCAAAUGGGAUUGGAUGAAGACGCACCCAGUUUUGAUCAUCUUUUCGCCGCGAUCAAAGAUACUGUACAGGCUUGCGAAAUCCUGCGAACACGCUUCAUCUUCACGCAGAACGACACCGCACCAUGGGUCGGUGUCGUCUCGCCCACUGAACAGAGUGACUUAGUCAAUUGGGACGUGAGCCAAAACGGUGUCUUGCAGCUGAGGAUUCAUCACGCGUUGUACGAUGCCACUUCAAUCUCCACCAUGUGGCGCCUUCUCAAUGAGUACUACACCAAGCGACUUCUCGGGCAUGGCGAUGCGGAUGUGGAGAUCGUCAAGCACGAUUUCCGUCACUUUGCUAAGCAGUCGGCAGCGUCGCAAAAACCCUCGGUCGCAUUUUGGACAGAUUUGGUGCGGAGCUAUACAUAUGCGCCUAUCGAGUUUCCCCUACUGGCACUCCAAGCUUCCUCCGCCUUUCAUUUCACGCUGAAUGCCGAUGAUCUAUCGCGGUUGCAGGCAAAAUGCAGGGCUUCUCACGUUACCCUCAAAUCUGCAUUGCAGCUCGCUUGGGCUAAGGUCUUGUGCGAGUCUCUUUACCAGCAAUUGGACGUCGUCUUUGGCGAGGUCAUCUCAGCUGGAAACGGCGACGGCACUGUUCCUGUCGUCGGGCCCACAAUCAACACAGUUCCGAUGCGCGUCACACUGGCCGCUCAGUCGGGCGUGAAGACAGUUGCUGAGGCUUUGUCGCAGUUGCAAAGUCUGUCCGAUGAUGCCAGAGGUACGAUAGGGAUGGCCUCCUUGAGGGCGGUCCAGGCAGCUUGGAGAUCAGCACCGGAUGACGAGAAUAUUGCUGCGACCAGCCUCUUCCAGAGUCUUUUCGUCUUUGACGGCGUUCUGGAAAGUGAGCCAAGAAACGAAAACCAAGCCUUGAUUCUCCCUGCACAUGAGCAAAGUGUCGGUAAAAAGCACGCCAAACCCGAGGAAAGACCCGCAUUCGACGAUUACCCCCUGAUCGUGAGCUUUCGCGUCAAGGGAGGCGUCUUGCACGGCAAAUUGAGGGCCAAGCUGCCGCACUCGGAUGCUAUGGACUUGGGCGCCCAGUUACAGAAGGCCUUGCAAUGUAUUCUGUCGGAAGAUCUUCAAAGCGCAGCAGUGCGUCCUGACUGCGCCAGUCGGGACCAAACAGUGAGGAGCAAACAAGAGCACCAAGCCGCGAAAACAAUUGGCGAUGCCCCCACCAACGAGCUCAAUGGCUUGACGGGCAGGGCCGAUGCCAUCAUGAGUCUAGUGAGUACGGUUGUGGGCGACAAAGCCAACGGAAAGCCGAUGAGCUACAAUACGAAGCUAGUAAACGCCGGUAUUGAUUCGAUCACUGCCAUCCGUUUUUCUCAGAUGCUCAAGAAGCAAUUUGGUAUUCGAGCAAGCGUCUUUGAGAUCAUACAAGGCGCCAGCGUCCACGAUCUGGUCAAGAAGUCGUCCCCAACCAAGACAAACGGUGUUCAGCAGCAUCGGGAUGAAUCGUCGGCAGUGGAUCGUUCCCUCAUCGACCUUGCUGCUUCCAAGCUUGAUUGUUCUCGAAAUCAAAUCAAAUCUAUCUCCCCUGUUCUUCCUGGCCAACGUGGCACACUCAGUCAAUGGCUGCGGAAUGGCAAGAGAUUCUUCGAGGCUCCCUGGGCAUACCUGGUGACGGACAGGACAGUCGAUGCUAAAAAUGUCGCUAGUUGCUGGUCUGAGUUAUGCAAUGCGCACGACAUACUGAGAACUACCUUUGUCUGCGCACAUGACGGCCACAGCUUACUCCAGGUCACUCUCGACAACAGUGUCAGUGCAAAGGAGCGGUUUACCCAUAUUUGCGACUCCGAAACGCGUAUUCUGGCUCUCAUUGAGGCGCACGUCCGCGAUAGUAACGAUCGACCUUCCGACUUGAUGAAACCACCAGCUCGUCUGUCCUUCUUGCAGGCUUCCGAUGGUAACGCGGUCGUCCUUCGAGUUCACCAUGCGCUGUACGAUGCUUGGAGCAUCAAGAUGAUCCAAAGAGACCUUGCCAGUCUCUUGGCUUCCGAGUCGGUCCCUGCUCGAACAUCAAUCGAAUCAGCCGUCCGACAAGUUCAAAACAUCCAACAUCCAGAGGCCCAGGGGAGGUACUGGCAGCAGCACCUCGCGAAUGCGCAAGACACUAUGGUGUCAGCAGUCACGUCUGGACAUUUUCCCUUUGGUCAACGCCGUGAGUUGACAUUGAGCGACAUACUCCCGCCCAAAACCGCCAGCAGUUUAGCUGGUGCGACGAGUCGCAGAGCCCACACUUCAGCUGCCAUUGUCAUUUCCUACGCCCGCGCGUUGGGUCAGCUGACCGAUCGCUCCCAUCCGACAUUUGGAAUAAACCAUGCGUCGCGGUCCCUGUCUUCUGUCGAUGGGGAGCAGACGCUUGACCUGACCGGCAUGAGUAUCCCCACGAUGACGGUGACGCCCAUGACGCUGGACCUGGAGUCGAGAUCCAACAAAAAACUUUUCGACCAAGUGCAGACCCAUCUUGCUCAGUUAUCCCGGUUUUCGCAGGCAGAUGAUCUGCACAAGAUAUCGCCCAGGUUCAACUCCUUCAUCAAUAUCCUCUAUCCUGAGGAGAGCUCCCAAGACGCAGAGCAGCCAUCCGCAUCCCCUCUACAGCGAUAUAAGCUGGGCGAACCUCUGGCCUCUGAGUACUUUACGAAAAGCAGGCCAUCAUUGGUUCGCUCAACUAUCGAUGAGCUGGACACAUCGCACCUCCACGACUCGGAGCUGUAUUUCAACGUGCUUGUGCAUCCAACGGGCAACAUCAGCGUCAAAGUGAGCGGCAACGAAGAGCUCCAUGACGAGCCCAUAAUCAGUCUUGCGGAAUGCUUUUGUGCACAGCUGGGUCAAAUCGUCUUGGAGUAA